AUGCUGGAUAACCUUUAUCAGGAGGCGCUGUCCUCUAUCUCUGCUCCCCUUGACGUCCCGCCCAAGCAGCUGUCAAAUAACCAGUCUCAGCCUCCUGGUGAAAUCGAACCUGACAGCAGAGACAAUAUCUCGGAUUCUGGGGCUACGACAGAACCUUUGGCUCUUGAUGAGUUUGAGAAUCUUCCCUAUUGGUAUAAGGCGCAGCAGGUUGAAAAAAGUCUUAAGAUCUGUCAUGUUGAAAAAGUGUGGCAAAAAAAUAAACAUGUUCACCGUGUGCUUUAUGUCGUGGAAACAUAUCUCCCGGACAAUUGGCUCCCCGAAAAUGCGAGGCUCCAGCUGCAGAAGCAGGAGGAGAAACAAAGAAGGGAGGAGAAGCUACGAGAGAAACUGGUGGACCACGACCAAAACUAUACCCUGAAGGAGAGUCACAAUCUUGCACAGGGAGCCAGUAAGAAUGGAACCCCAUGCGGUGUCGGCAUCCCUGCGAAAGUAAGCCCCUUCAGGAGUGCCAGAAUGUUGUGUGAACAUGCAACAAAGAUAAAAUUCCAUGCGGUGUCAACAUCCCUAGGGAAGCGAGCUCCUUGGCGAAGUGAGUCCCAUGUGGUGUUGGCAUUCUUGGGGAAGGGCGCCAUAACCUCAGUAGAGAAGGCCACGAAAUUAAAAGUCCAUAAGGAGCCAAGAUCCAUCAGAGGAUGGCACAAUGCUGAUUCUCGCACGUCGUUCGGGACGGAGGGGGGUAAUGCUUCUCCUGUUUCUGUAAGAGCUACUAUGUCUUUCCAGAGCUGUACCGGACAUGGCACUCACUAUAUCUUUGUCUGGUGGUGGAAAGUGGCUGCUGAAAGCAUCAGACUUGUUAAAGUUAAUUGUAAAGUACCGAUUAUCUUCAUGGAUGAGAAGAUAGAUGCCCUUGCAGCGACAGUCAUCAAAGUAGCUACGCAGCAUACGCUGGAGUGUGCCUUUUCGUCGGUAACGCAUCUGCACAAGACUACUGUGCUCAGUCCAUGGCUUCUGGACACGCUUUGUGGUUGA